AUGUUCCUCCCUCAUCACAAAUUCGACACAUGCCAACAGGCACUGGUCAUUCUAGGCCAGAGCGUGAAGCAUAGUGCCCACGUUGAAAUCAAAGCAGCCAAUAUGCUCCGGAGACUCCCCUUACAGGCACAAUUCGUCAAAAAGGCCGAUUCUAAACCCGGCGCCACCACCAGAUACAUGGCGUUCAUCCGUGUCCCCACCGACUUUUAUACACAGUUUCCGUUCCUCAAAGCAAGGGCUGAAGUACCUGAGUCUUCGGCCAAGCACAAUGGUUUGGUCACAGGGCGAGCGUCCAUCGACGUCUGCUUUGAGCCCUUCAAGGCCCAUGGUCCAGAGCAAGAGGACAGCCGAGGUCCUGUCCAAGAGUACCCGGCUAUUCUUGGACUGCAAGUCGGACAAUCCCCGACAGCAGACCAUGUUCGAUCUGCUAUGCUGCGAGCCUACGUCAUGGGUCAAGACCCGGCAAAGAUUCUCUCCUGCGUAGUAGGAUUCCUCAGUGAAUCCGAAGUGAAUCGUCUCCAAGAAGCGUUUGGAGCCGUCGAUAAGCAGGCUUUACAGAGUUUCAACAUCUUCAGCGCAUGCAGACACCCAGAACUGCGGGACACCAUCCUCCGUUCAAUGUCUCACGACCAGAGCUCAGUCAGCCUUCCAUCCCUGCCGCCCUCAUACAUGGGCAUGAUCACAUUUGUUGGCAGCAGAGCGCAGAAACAUGCCACUGCAACCACUUUGCUCGUGCUGGCAUCUUUGGGUCCGGUAUUCGCGACGGCUUCGAGCAAUUUCAUAGCUAAUGAGUUCGCCGCGGCCCUGCAAGCGGAUUCAGAAAAGGUCAUGGAGCGAUUGAACACUCCACAAGGGAGCCUCAGGUUCAAAAUCCGGUCUCCUCUAGUCAUCAGAGGAUUUGCUGUUGAGCUUGAGCUUCUUGAGUUCAUGGAGCUUGUCAAGGCGAGAUGGAGACGUAAGACCGGCAUAUCCCCUCAUGUCGCUGCCGGCGCGUGGCAGAAGUCGCUGUCACUCUGCGAGUGGCUCUUCAAAGUCACCAAGAUCCUCAACAAUGAUCUUUUGAAUACGGAUCACGCGGCGCUCUUCACACUACGUGAGGCCAUCCGCAAGACAGACUUCUAUCGACCGCUAAGGACUUCCUCGUACAUCAUCAAAAGUCCUGCAAAUGUCGGUUUGGAUGACGACGUCUCCAAGGUUCUGAAAGAGGCAUGCGCCUUUCUGGUGAAUCACUGCUCCAUCCUGUGCACGACACCAACAAUGUCUCAAAAGCCACUGUACCGCGACUUCAAGACAUCUGCCAAAGCUAUCGCGAUUUCGGACGCAGACAACAUAACGCGUCCCGAGGCGGUGUUGGCAAUCGGCGACAAGAUGCGGCCCUGUGUGAUGGGCGGCUUCACGCCUAACAGAUCUCCGAGGCCAAACAAGGCAUUCGAUUCGCCGCAGAACCCCCUGUGGGCGGAUUUGCACCUGUCCCUGUUGGCCGCGCACGUUGAAAAUGGCUUCUUCUACAUAAGCUGCUGA